UGAGGCAAGGGGGCACUGCUUCCUUGAAGCCCUCACAAUCAAAACAUUAGGCUAUUCGUGCGCAAUGGGUGAGUCUGCAUCUUCGAAACGACAUCGUUUAAUCUAACACUCGGCGCACAUUGUCGGGGAGCUCCCCGAACAGCGUUUGUUGCACCAUGCUGCAGCUGAACGACUCGGUGGAGCCGGAGAGUCCGGGCGCUGCGAUUCUCCACCCUGCAGAAACUGAGGAGGGGGUGGAGGUUGCCUUCACGCCGCCGGAGGCCGGACGAAGCCUCGGACACGGAGCUUCCGUGGCCUGCUGCCCCCCGCUACAAACGCUGACGCCUUUUCAUGUGCAUAACCCCACAAUGCAAGCGAAAGUGAAGGACUAUUUUGUGUUCAGGCCAGGUACCAUUGAGCAGGCUGUGAGCGACAUCAGGACUGUGGCACUCCCUUCUGAGGAUGGAGAGGUGCUCAGCGUCUGGCUGCUAGCUGAAAUUGACCACUGGAACAACGAGAGGGAGAGACUUGUGCUCAUAACUGAUAGGUCGCUGCUGGUGUGCAAGUACGACUUCAUCAACCUGUUGUGUCAGCAGGUCAUCAGGAUCUCUCUCAACGCUGUGGACACCAUCUCAGUGGGCGAGUUUGAGUUCCCACCCAAAUCCCUCAACAAGAGGGAAGGCUAUGGCAUUCGUGUCCAGUGGGACAAACGUCCUCGGGCUUCCUUCCUAAACCGCUGGAACCCCUGGUCUACAGACAUGCCCUACUGUACCCUCACAGAACACCCCAUGGCCCACGCUGAUGAGAAGGUGGCCUCUCUCUGCCAGUUGGACAACUUCAGGACCCAGCUGGUGCAGGCAGUGAAGAAAGCCCAUAAGGAGCACCCCAUCCCUGGUCGAGCCAACGGUGUCCUGAUCCUGGAGAGACCCCUGCUCAUUGAGACCUAUCUGGGCAUCAUGUCCUUCAUCAACAAUGAGGCCAAGUUGGGCUACUCCAUAACCCGUGGCAAGAUCGGCUUCUAAAAUCCACAGCUUUUUCAAAUUACAACAGAGUUCAACUCAUGUGUCUGUGUUGCACUGCUCUGUCUGAGGGAAGCUGUUGCUCUACUACAGUGUAAUGCGCAAUCUGUGUGUCUAAGUUGAGCCCGUGAGAUGUCCACACCUCCUUCAGUUGGUGUUACAGACAAGUGGUCGGCCUACUGUAGGUAAAUGAUGCGCAGCACUGCAUGGACUGUCUUUGUUUUUUGUUUGUUUUUGGUGCCCACGGUCCCUUAUCCCUGAUCUGCCGUACCCACCUGGGCCUCCAGGAGUAUGUCCAUGUGGCGUAAUUUGGAGAGAAAGGACACAGCACUUUGGUCAAUUCAUCGCCUCUGUAAUUAUUCCAGAUUGAGCUUCUUGUUGUAAUCUCAUGCUCCUUGUUUAACCAUUGAUUGACAGACGGAAGUUCAGAUUUUGGUCAAGGAAUGCAAACAUUAGGGUCAUUAUUUCAGGAGUAAUGGUGUGCUUUGUUUGGGCUCGUUUCUGCAGCAAAAAAAGGCCACCCAGAAAUAAGCAGUAAAACAUGCAGUAAAACUGAAACCUCAGUCAAGAAUAUGUUCCAUGUUUGUUACAUUAAUACGGUUUGAAAGGGUUGCAUUAUUGAGAUCACAAGGCCAUAGGGUAGCUUGACGGACUGGAAUAGCAGCUGAUAUUUCGAGAUGGUGGAGUCACAUGAUUAUCGUAAUAAGUGUUACUAACAGGGAAACUGUUUCAGGAUCUGCACUGGUAAACAGAAAAGCUCUGAGCUCAGCUGUGUUGCAUAUGGAAAAUAACAGCUGGAAUGCACUCUUCAGCGUCUAUGAAACUUGUUCAGUGGAGAUGAUAAAUUACAUGUUGUGACCUUCCUCUCUUAUUGGCCAAUGUUGUGCUCUUCAUGCCUAUUUGUCUUUACUCAGAGUAGGGAGCUCAUGAACCAAGUGGAGAGCUACAUUAGCUGCUUAAGUUAAAAUGUUCUUGUAUGUUACAGAUGUUUUAUGCAACAUGAACUUGUGAACUGUGUCUUAAUGUUUGUUUGUAAAUUGCCUUAGAGGUCCUGCAUAAUGGUUGGGUUACAAAAUGAGAUACGUGCAGACAAAGCUUUACAUCAGUUCAUUAACCACAUACUUCAUCCAUCUUGCAAACAGGAUUUAGGUGAUUUUUUUUUCUCCUUAACUGCAUCCUAGAAUACAUUAUUGUGCUACCAAAGUAACAUGAGAUAUUUUCAUGCUGAACAAUGCCAAUGAAUAAUCGUGUCCCAAAAUGUCUUUCUCUGGUCUUUACUUGUGCAUGUUCCCUGCACGUUGAGUUUGCAUGACAUAUGUUUUAAAGGAAUAAGCUAAAUGGAUUUUCAAAUACUAAUUAGGUUUUUAUUUAUCUGCUGUUUUUUAUGCAGUCAACUCAUCAAUGCUUCUUGGAAAUAACUUUCAUUGCCAGUUCUAAAGUAUUUAAUUAAGAGAUUUUAAAGAGAUUAACAUGGUUAUUGCAAACAUGUGAAGGCUUACUUUUUGUUCUAGAUAAUUGUAGCACAGGAGUGAAAAUGGAGAGUAAUAAAUGCCUACAUGUUCUUG